AUGGAAAGACCUUAUACGGAGUUGUUCGCUUCUAGAGCUGAGCACUUUAGUUGUUCCAAACGCUUGGUGUACAACCAGCCGUACUUAACCGCGGGGCAGGCUGCGGUUAAGGUGCCUAUGAACUGUGCAAGUUCUCUUAUACUGCAUGUAUCCCUUUUUCGGAAAGACGUUGACAUGUUUUUAAUGGACGUUUUCUUUUCCGACGUAUUGAACAAUGCCUCCAAAACGAAUCAUGAUGCGACUGAGACCGAAGAAUCCCAUUUCAUAGAACUGAAGUUACUUUCAAUAGAUAGAAAAUCUUGUAGAAAAUUUGAGUUUGUGGACUUUGCAUUCCUAGUUCCACGUUCAAAGAGGUAA